CCGGGCCUGGCCCUCUGCACUGGACACCCUGUGUCGGAGGAGGGGUGGUGCCCGCUGCUGCUGCCCACCAGCCCCUGAGGCGGCUCCUGGCUGUGCUGGCGACAUGGCGGACACCCCCAGAGAUGCCGGGCUGAAGCAGGCGCCCGCCCCGCGCAGCGACAAGGCCCCCGCGGACUUCGGCUACGUGGGGAUCGACUCGAUCCUGGAGCAGAUGCGGAGGAAGGCCAUGAAGCAGGGCUUCGAGUUCAACAUCAUGGUGGUCGGGCAGAGCGGCUUGGGGAAGUCCACCCUCAUCAACACCCUCUUCAAAUCCAAAAUCAGCCGCAAGUCGGUGCAGCCCCCCUCGGAGGAACGCAUCCCCAAGACCAUCGAGAUCAAGUCCAUCACGCAUGAUAUCGAGGAGAAGGGCGUCCGCAUGAAGCUGACGGUCAUCGACACGCCGGGCUUUGGGGACCACAUCAACAACGAGAACUGCUGGCAGCCCAUCAUGAAGUUCAUCAACGACCAGUACGAGAAGUACCUGCAGGAGGAGGUCAACAUCAACCGCAAGAAGCGCAUCCCCGACACGCGCGUGCACUGCUGCCUCUACUUCAUCCCGGCCACCGGCCACUCCCUCAGGCCCCUGGACAUCGAGUUCAUGAAGCGCCUGAGCAAAGUGGUCAACAUCGUCCCGGUCAUCGCUAAGGCCGACACGCUGACCCUGGAGGAGAGGGUCUACUUCAAGCAGCGGAUCACCGCGGACCUGCUGUCCAACGGCAUCGACGUGUACCCCCAGAAGGAGUUUGACGAGGACUCCGAGGACCGGAUGGUGAACGAGAAGUUCCGAGAGAUGAUCCCGUUCGCCGUGGUGGGCAGUGACCACGAGUACCAAGUGAACGGGAAGAGGAUCCUCGGGAGGAAAACCAAAUGGGGCACCAUUGAAGUUGAAAACACCACACACUGUGAGUUCGCUUACCUGCGGGACCUACUCAUCAGGACGCACAUGCAGAACAUCAAGGACAUCACCAGCAGCAUCCACUUCGAGGCCUACCGCGUGAAGCGCCUGCACCAGAGCAGCGGCACCGUGUCCAACGGGCUGGGGGAGCCGGAGCCCGAGGCCCAGGGCAUGUAGCGCCCGCCCCCGCCCCCGCCGCCCGGCCGGCCGGCCGCCCCUCGCCCCACCACUCCAUGUAGUUCCCCCACUGUCAGCGCCCCUCGACGCUGCCAGGUAACCUUGAUGCCCCCCGCCUUCCUGUUGGCCCCUGCCCCGGGCCAGGGCUGGCGGCCCCCGUGGCGGCCACCGCUGGAGCUGCCCCUGCGCCCAGGCUCUCGGCCCCACCCCGCCCCGAGGGGCAGCUCCUUCCUCCAGACUCCAGUUGCCAGUUGCUUAGACUCGGAGAAUCCUGGGUGGGGACCCGCUGCGAGCCCCGCCUGGAGCAGAAAGUGCCUUUAUCUCGCGUCCACGCAGCCAGCCAGCCGCAGACUGUCCCUCACUGUCCCCUGGCUCGGAAGAUCAUGGCAGGUCGGAGAGGGCGGUGUCCCCCCCCAUCGCCCCCCGCCCUCGCCAGGACUCAGUUGAGAGCUGCAAGGCAGCAAGGAGACGCCCCACCCCACCAAGCCCUGCCCUUUGGGGGAAGGCUAAGCAGGGGAGUGGGGGGGCGCCCCGGGUGGGGGGUUCUGGUGGAUGGGGCGGGACCGGGGUGGUCAGAGGGUCUGGGUGUCCACCCCACCCUGCGUGACUGCACGUGGGUGUAGCUAGACGUCUGCGUGGGCCCAGAUGCCCGGCCGUGCCCGGGAGGUGGACACCAGGCGGGCCGGACUGGGCCCCUGGCCCCUGAGCCUGUCAGGCUGACUGCCAGGGAUGGAGGGGUCUGGCGUACAGGGCAGAGCUGGGGUGUCUCCAGCGCCUCCACCCUCAGUCUUCUCCAGAGGAAAAGCCAGGAGCACCCACGCCCUGCCUGGGGGAGGUGGGAACCCCACUUUUGCCCCCAGGACCAGAGACAGAUGAGGUGGGGUUGGUCCGCAGCCCCCAGGGUCGGGCCGCAGCCCCGGGAGGGGUGCAGGCGGCUUGGGCCGCGCGUGCGUGUGCAUGGACGUCACCGCCUUGCGUGUCGCCCCGAGAGGAAGGACCCACCUCACCCACAGUUUACUUGCCGAAUUGCCACGAUUUGCCAAAACCGAGAUCCAAAGGCUGGCCAUCGCACCCCGCGGGUGCGCCCGGGCAGCGGCCUCCGGCAGACGGCUUCGCUUUCCUUCCUUGUAGCAGAUCUCGAGAAUUGGUGUCCUGGGGUCUGUUCCACAGUGGCCUUGCGCUCGCGCCUCCUGAGAACCGCGGCUCUUUUUGUAUAAAUAACAAAGUGUUCAAAGUGUAUUUCCUGAAAUAAAUGUUCGUAAGCAGCCGGG